GCCCUUAUUUCUAGUCUCUGUGUUUGGUCUUGGAAUAGGGUUGGUGGAAGUGGUUAAACGAGUUUGUAGGCAUGACCCGGAUUCCCGGAACCUGCAUCGCAGGAAUGAGCAAAACCUCUGGGUUCUGCAGAGUAGCCAGUAGACAAGACGGAGGGGAAUCCCUACGGCUCGCGCCAGCCUAGCUCAUGGAAUCCCGCUGAGGUCACGCUCGCACGAGGCCACGCCCAUUCAGGUCGCCCAGCCCGGGCGCCCCGCUAGCCCCGCCUCCUCUCUGCGCGGCCGGCGGGGUGGCUGGCAGUCAUCGUGGAAGCCGAGCCGGCGGCAUGGGCGCGGGCUGGGAGCUGGAGGCCGCGGCCGGCCGUUCGCUGCUGCUGUGCGCCGCGCUGCUGGUGGCGGGCUGCGCGCUGGGCCUGCGCCUGGGCCGCGGGCGCCGGGUGGCGGACCGCGGGGUGCUCGCCUGGCUCUGCUACGACGCCCUGGUGCACUUCGUGCUGGAAGGCACUUUUGUCUAUUUAUCUUUAGUAGGAACUGUUGCAGAGUCUGAAGGCUUGAUUGCAUCUUUAUGGAAAGAAUAUGGCAAAGCUGAUGCAAGAUGGCUUUAUUUUGAUCCAACCAUGGUGUCUUUGGAAAUUCUGACUGUUGUUCUGGAUGGGUUUCUGGCAUUGUUCCUCGUUUAUGCCAUAGUCAAGGAGAAAUAUUAUCGACAUUUCAUACAGAUUGCCCUCUGUGUGUGUGAACUCUAUGGCGGCUGGAUGACCUUCUUCCCAGAGUGGCUUAUUGGAAGCCCCAACCUCAACACCAACAGUUGGCUGUACUUUUGGGUCUAUCUGGUAUUUUUUAAUGGUGUGUGGGUUCUGAUCCCAGGACUGCUACUGUGGCAGUCAUGGGUAGAACUCAAGAAGAUGCAUCAGAAAGGAACCAAUUUAGGGAAAAAACGCAGGUGAUUUUUCAAAA